CAAUGUUUCCCCUCAGAAUAUCACUCACCAUGAACGAGGUUAAUGAACAUGUACUCAAAACUAUGCAAGAUUUAACAACAAUACGCAUUAUUAUUGACGUUCCUACCGAAAUUAUAAACCCAGAAAAUUAUUUGGGAUCAGCAUUCGAACUCGUUAAACCAUUCACGAACAGCUGGGAGAAAUACCACGGGGUGCGAAAAAUUGUCGUCGAUGUGUAUCCGCGACAUGCAUACAUUGUGAUCGACAUCAACAAUUUCUCUUAUGACUUCAAGCUGGCUCAUUUACAGACCUUCACUAUCCCAGUCCAUAUUCUUCGUUUGUCAAGGAAAAGCAAGCAGUGGUCCUUCUUUAGACGAGAACUAGAGGAUCGACGAGUCGCCAAGGAUAUUGCAGAGUUGCACAGGUGUAACGGCCAAAACCAACCCCCCUUCUUUGCAGACCAUAUUCGAGGGUCUGUUUACCUCACUCCCCGUACAACAUGAGGAAAUGAUGGACGAAAUGGGAUCUGUCGUAUGCAGCGUCGCAUCUUUUCGCAAUUUUAUCUCUUGACUCUUAUGAUUUACCUGUUCUUCAAUGUUCGAAUUGGCUUUAGAUCGAAUUGAGCCCGUGUUCACAACUAGGGGUACGUCCAUACUAUCACUCGGUUUUCCUUGGCUAUUUUCACAUCGUUUACGGGUUUUACUGCGGGUUUCGAAAGAAGCGAG